CAGUGUUCCCAGAGAUAAACAAAUUUUACCACGCGGGAAUUUCUGCGCGCAUCCGAAAACUGCGCAAUAUUCCGCUAGCACGCAUGCGCCGAUCGUCCUUUCUCUCCGGGAGCAAUACUGGUGUUCGUCCGAACAGACCAAGUGAUAAACUUUAUUGCAUAAUUAUAAACGAUGGUGGCACAUACAGUACUUCUGGACUUCACGGUGUCCAGUAGCGUAAUCGCCGAUAUGGAAAAGCGAUCGAGUUUGAAGUCGGCGAUCGGGAACGUACUGGCGGAAUAUUUCAUCGGUCUCAAGCCAUUGACAGAAUCUAAUAUCGAUGGCAGUUUGCUCGUUUUGUAUACUGGACCUAGAGGCAGUUUAAUCACUGUCAGAGGAUAUACGGAAGGUCUGAUUACGUUAAACAUCGAAUAUUACAAGCAGGACGACCAGGAAGCACUGUUAACCUUCGAGUUUGCCAAAGAAUUGGAAGCGGCAUUGCAGACAGCAGCAACCGCUACACGGUCGCACACGCUUACCCCAAUUAAACGCGGUGGACCUUUUGAGAGAUACUUUCCUACCGCUGACGAACGACUGCUGGAAUACGACAUCGAUAAGCUUGUGUUCGAGGCUAGAUCACCAUAUCAGAAGGUACAAAUUGUGCACUCCAAGUCGCUGGGCAAUCUGCUAGUGCUCGACGAGCUACAAAAUAUGUCCGAGGCAGAUCUUAUAUAUACAGAAACACUGAUGCAGCGUGGCAAAGAAAACUACGCUGGCAAGGAAAUAGUUAUACUUGGUGGUGGCGAUGGCGGCCUAUUAUGGGAGUUGUUGAAGGAAAAGCCAAAGUUUGUCACAAUGUUAGAAAUAGAUGACGUUGUCAUGAAAGCUUGUAGUCAGCAUAUGCGAAGCAUAUGUGGCGAUUGCCUAGACAAAAGAAAGGGCGAUAAUUAUGAAAUUAUUGUUGGAGAUUGCGUGAAAGCAUUGGCGCAUAUGAUUGAGGAAGGACGACAGUUUGAUUAUGUCUUUGGCGAUUUGACGGAUAUUCCUAUUAGCACAACACCACAUGGUGAUGCCUGGGACUUUAUUAGACUAAUCUUGAAUUCCUCAAUGAAAGUAUUGAAAUCUUCUGGAAAAUAUAUGACACAUGGAAAUGGUGCAUCUUGUCCAGAAUCCUUGAAAAUGUAUGAAGAGGUUUUGCUACAAUUGUGCGUGCCGGUCACGUUCACAAAGGAUCGCGCCUUUGUUCCAUCCUUUUUUGAAGACUGGAUCUUCUAUCAAGUUUCACUGAAAUGAUGGAGCAAAGGAUAUUUGGGCAGAACUUGGAGGAUCAUGACAAAGUGGCCUCCUCACAAUCGAUUGUCUCUUUUAUGACACAGACUUUAUUUCUUAGUUGUAGCCUUAUUAAUUGAUGAAAUUAGUUCCUGAUUGAGAGGUAAAUCAAACUAUUAUUGAUUAAUUCAUCUUGUAACACAUUAAUUGUGCUAUUCUCUCCAUUUUCUCUUGUCAGAUCUCUGGGAGAAUUUUUUUACAUUUUUAACAUCAAUGUAAAAUGGCAGCACUGGAAAAUGAGUUCAAAACAUAAUAAAUAUGUGAUAAUAAAAAGCAAAUAUAGCAGUUUUACUAAUUUAUAACAAUUAUUCUUUUUUUAUAAACAAAUUUUUAUUUCUUUUAUAAAUACAAGUUUUUUUCUCUCUUCCAUUGCUGCCUUAAUAUUGAUAUAAGGUUUAGUUCAAAAUCGCUGGUCGAAAUAUUCAAUGGUGCUGAUAUUUUUACAAAAAUAUCUAUCGAAAGAAAUAGUACCACAAAAGAUUUAAUUUUUUUUUUUUAUUUAGUCGCUAAAAAUAAGAUCAACUUUUGUUGUUAAUCCUUUAUAUUUCAACACAUUCUUGAAUAUUUAAAAUGUAAAUGGUUUUGCAUUUUAUUGUUUUCUUUUUCAUUCUUGAUAAAAGGAUUAACAGCAGUGUCAGAUGCAUGUUAUUGCCUGCGUUUGCAAUAACUCUUGUAUUGAAACAUACAUACAUAUACAUAUAUAUAUAUAUAUAUAUAUAUAUAUAUAUAUAUAUAUAUAUAUAUAUAUAUAAUAUGCAGACAUUUAUUGCAUAUAUAAAUAUAUUCUGUAUUGUAAGGCACGAUGUAUAAAAAUGAUGAAAUUUUGUCAGGAUAAAUUAUUUUUCUAGCAAACGUUUUUUUUCUGAUUUGAAUAAUUGAUAAAAUAUAACUGAACAUAUAAAAGAAUAUAUGUAUACUCAAUUAACCCUAAACAGUAUAAAACUGUACAAUUUAAUAUGUAUGUACAUAUUAUCAAUUUAUAACACAGAAACGAAACAAGUAUUCAUAUAAAACCUAAUGAAUUUUUGAUUGCUAAAGAGAUUUAGAAUUCGAUCUAAAAUAAAUUUUCAAAAAUAGAAUAAUUUUGUUAAUUAAUUAGUGUUUUAAUAAAAAUGUGUCAUAGAUUCUUAUACAGUUUAGGGUUAAAGAAAUGUGAAAUCAACAAAAAUUAAAUUCUGCAUGGGCAUACAAGUGUGAAUUAAUUAAAAUAAUUAUGGGUAUUUCUCCAACUAUAUCCUAACUCGAUAAUUUUACAAACAAUAUUAAUUUAUCAAAAAUCUUAUUUUCUUCUCACAAUAUUAAAUCACAAUAUGAUACAAAAGAACAAAAUAUCUAUUUAACACUAAUAAGUUAAGCAACAGUAAAACAUAAAAGCAUGAAAUAAUCCUCGAUUAAUUCUGUUUCAUAUAAUAUAAUUAUGAAAGAUUUUAACUACAUCCUUAAAACUGAGCAUUUCAUUAAUUGGAUUAAUUGGUUGCUGAAUUGACAAUUAUAUGCAUACGCACAAUCUAGUUAUAUAAGCAAAAAGAAAGAGUUUAAAUUGUGAUAUGAUAGUGAAUUUAAUUAAUUAUUUCAAACAAUAUAUCAUAUUCAAACAAUAAUCAUGUGUUAUAUUCAUAAAGAGAAUAUAGCUUGAAGAAACUGUUGCAUCAAGAUUAUUCAUUUAUUCAAGAUUCAUUGACCAAUAUAUUGUUCAUCGAUAACAUAACACAGCAAACUGCUUAUAAAUUGAAGACUUAUACACGAUAAAAUAAAUACGCGAUAUAUUUUUAAUAGAAUAAAAUCUUAUAAAUACAGUCUUAUAAAUUGUUUCAUAAAUUAUAUUGAUUAAAUUAUAUUGAUAUUAUGAAUUUUAAGCAAUAUUUUUCAAAAGGGCACUAAUUUUGUUCGAUAUUUCAAGAAUGAAAAAGUGUUUGUUGCAUAAACAAGAAAUAAGUAUCUGUUGUAGAGAUACUAAAGUUUAUCGAUGUACACAAUAAAUCUUUUACUCUUUUUCAUUUUUCAAAACGUUUGUUAUAUGAACAAGAGGAACAAAGCAAUAACUAUCUGUUGCAGACGUACUAAAGUUUAUCAAUGUACACAAUAAAUCUUUUACUCUUUC